AUGUACUAUUAUUGGCAUUCUUUUACACCACCUGGAUAUCAAUUACUUGUGACGCUAUCAUCCUCCGAGCUUUCUGUGGUCACGAUCAGUUACAAUACCCCCUUCAUGCUUACAUGUGCAGGACUUUACCAGUUCUGACCGUGAGCGGCUGCUGGUCAUGUUGCGACCUACCAUGGAGGUGGUGGUGGAUGAGGGGCAGUCGGAGUGGGAGUCAGGCAAUGGGCAGUCGGAGCCGGCAUCAGACGAAGGGCAGUCGGAGUGGGAGUCAGGCAAUGGGCAGUCGGAGCGGGAGUCAGGCAAUGGGCAGUCGGAGCCGGCGUCAGACGAGGGGCAGUUGGAGCCGGCGUCAGACGAAGGGCAGUCGGAGUGGGAGUCAGGCAAUGGGCAGUCGGAGCCGGCAUCAGGCAAUGGGCAGUCGGAGCCGGCAUCAGACGAGGGGCAGUUGGAGCCGGCGUCAGACGAAGGGCAGUCGGAGCGGGAGUCAGGCAAUGGGCAGUCGGAGCCGGCGUCAGACGAGGGGCAGUCGGAGCGGGCAACACACACGCUAGACGUGUCCCGGGUGCUCUGGGCAGCGGUGAAGGUGGGCAAGCAUACAAGUGCAGAGGCCACGGUUCGCAGCAUCACCAGCUGGGUAAAGAAUCGCAGAGCAGUGUUCAUCACGGGCAUCAGCACGGAGCUGCUCAAGGAGCUGUCCAGGCGCUUCCCGCUGGCCUGUGCCAAGCUGUUAAACCUGGUGGGUGUGUACUGGUGCUGAUCUCCUGAUGAACCUGGUGUGGGUCUCAGGCGGUAAGCAGAACAUCGAACUGCAAGGUUACCACCUCUGUAGUCAUGUUUCAAUUUUUAGGACGGGGGGGGGGGUAGGAAACGCGAGGACAGACCCCAUGAUUAAAGGAGCUUAUCGAUAGCAUGCC